AUGAGCAUGAACGUGCAACAUCCUAUUCUUCCAAAGGCUACAAAUGAGGUUCAAAAGAUUGAUGUGAUGAUAGAGCAUUCAUUGAAGAUAUUCAGAGGUGUACUUGCUAAACGAUACUCAGAAAGUACGCCACCUUGGAGGAUGAUUGGUGCAUUGGGGGAUAAGAAUUACGUCACACCGGCGAAUGAUAAAUGGCGUUAUGACGAAAGCCAAUCUGACGAUGAAGAACUAACGUUAAAGAAGAUGAUGGAAGAUAAGUUUGGAAGAAAGAAGUUAAAGAUUUUCGGUGAUACUGACGAUGAAGAUGAUGAUGAUGAUGGAGGUGAUGAUGAAGGUGGUGAAGGUGGUGAUGGUGGAAAUGUUGGUGCAAGUGGAGCGAGUACUCGUAGUGGUGGCAAUGACGAAUCUGAGUCAGAUGAUAAUCUGCUUGAACCAGGAUAUGAACACUACAUCGAUGAGCGUGGUAUUAUGCAAGUUCGGAGGAUUCGUACUGAUCAAGAUGAAGAUUACGUUCCAUCCGACACAGAGGCAGAGCGACUGAAAAAGAAGAAAACUGCUAUACGUAGAAAGAAAAAGAUGAAGAAGAGAAUUGGUACAUCUUCAGCAGAGCCUGCCGCUGCACAACAUGAAACUAUUACUGAACCUGUUCAUGAAGCAAGUGUCAACCCUGAGUUUGGCUUCACUGCGGAGGAAACUACAGCAACGAUGGCCUUACCUUCUACAGCAACUGAACCACCUCCAGCGGCUACAACUGCAGCCGAAACACCGAGUGUGACUCGACCAGCUGAUCCACAACAUGGAACUUCCUCUAGUAAUCAACACCGAUCUGCAACUCAUCAGCGAAACUCAAAGCGGUGUGGCAAAUUGUUCUCAGAAAUGGCACAAGAUGAAAAGGUAGAAUUUCUAUUUUUGCAAUUACAAGCUGCUGCAGGUCAAAUCAAUCGGCAUUCAGAAUUUAUGUCUGCGAAUAGAAAUACUGUGCUCAAACAACAAGUGGAAAUUAACACGUUGAAGGAAACUGUUGGAAGACAAUAA